AUGGCGGUCUUCUACCACCACAAGAUGUUUUCGUAUACCAUGGCUCUCAAAGACAGCAUUGAUUCAGUAAGAACGUACAUGGAGCACUACCGCAAAGAUAAUGCAGCAUUCCAAGGAAUGGUCAACCAGGCUAUCCCCGUCCUCUACUACGCCAUCGGUAGAAACUCGCCGGAGAUGGUGAGCCUCCUUCUUGAGUAUGGAUUCAGUCCGGAGGGUUGUAUCAACACGACUCAUUUCAUUCCUGCGCUCGCGUUCGCCGUCAUACAUGGCCAUCUACAGCUACAAGACACGACCGAGAUUGUAAAGGUGUUACUUGCAGGCGGUGCUGACCCAAAGUCCAUACCAGAGGAUAUGUGGCAACGUUACUUGGAACAGCCUUCGGAGGAGCGUCCGACCACCGUGAAUUAUACGGCAGCGUUCCUUCAGUGGUGCGGCAAACGCACACGUACCCAUCUAGCACACGGUCUCAAUCUUACGCAGCGAUACUACCUCCACAGAGCCAACUCAGCAAGGCCCUUUGAACCCAGGGAGAUAUCUGAAGCCAACCUUCAUGAUGCUGAGGGUAUUUUAAAGCUCGCUUACCGUAUCAUUGGACAGCUUCCCGUACUCCACGACCUUCAGCAGCAAAUUCUCAACCAGAUAGCGUCCAAUGUAGACAACCCAGCUGCCCUAGUCAUGGUGUUCGCCGGGCCCCCAGGACACGGCAAGACUGAGCUUGCAACGCAGCUUGGAGGCCUGCUGCGUGUCCCAACUACAACCAUUGUAUGCUCACAGAUGAACACCGACACGGAGCUUCUGGGUUCAAGGAACGGUUACCACGGUUCGACACAGGGCUCUACCCUCAACAACCACCUCUCAGACAACAUCGGCGAGUGUUCGGUAGUCUUCCUCGAUGAGUUCGACAAGAGCUCGCAAGCAGUCUACAACGCGCUUCUCACGAUCAUGUCAGAAGGCGAAUAUCAAGAUCGAAGGCAGAAUCGGAUGAUCGAUUGCUCCAAAAUUAUCUGGGUUCUGGCAAGCAACUUGGGCGACGAAGCGAUCACCACGUACUACAAACGUCACCUGGAGCACUUGACGGAUGACCAAAAGCAGAACGUCAAUCUUACGCCUCUCUUGCGUCAGCUUGCGGGUAUCUACAAAGGACGCUGGGGAGCCGCAUUCGAAUCGCGCAUCGACUGUAUAGUUCCUUUCUUCCCCUUCUCGCCCGGCGAGCAAGCUGUCGUAGCGCACAAGUUCCUCCGCGCCAAUGCCGCAAGUGUACGCAAAGACAUCGACUUGCGCAAAGAAGUCCGACGACACAUGGGUCACUGUCACAUCGGCCUUCAAGAAGACGGCAAGCUUUGCAGCCAUAUGGCUGAGCGAGGGUACGACGUCAGCUCUGGGGCGCGCGGGCUAAAGCAGGAGGUGAGGAAGGUCCAGAUUAUGGCCCGCAAGGUAUACAACACCAUUCCUAAUCUGGUAACGGAGUCGUCCAAUAACGGCCCGUUGGAGAGGCUGGAGGUCAAGCUGAUGCCCACUGGUCAUAAGGAGAAUGAGGUUGGGGUGAUCCUGAAGCGGGAUUGA